UUUACAAGAUGGCAGAAAACACAGCUUCCGAGAAUGAUGUUGAGAAAGUAUACAUUGCGAUUGAUGAUAAAAUAAAAGGUUACCAAGUUGUCGAGAGUAUAGGAGAAGGAGCUUAUGGACAAGUAUUCAAAGUUUCAAAGAAUGCAAAGAAAUACGCAAUGAAAGUGGAACCCAAUCGGUUGGAUGGUGGCCCAGCGUCAAUCACCAAGGAGAUAGAGGUUAUGAUGGAAUUGAAUAAUCGUGGUGCUAAGUUCUUCCCAAUAUUCGAGACAGGAGGACGAGAACCAAAAUUCCACAUGGUUGUGAUGACUCUUUUGGGCGAAAAUCUACAAGUGUUGAGAAUGAAGGGAUGCAACCCGAAGGCUUGUACACCUGGAACAUGGAGCCGCAUUGGGAUACAAUGCCUUUUUGUUGUAAAACAAAUGCACGACUGCGGCAUCCUUCAUCAUGAUCUGAAACCCACGAAUUUCGUGUGGGGCCAGUCGGAUGAAGCUCUCACAUGCCGAGUAUUCUACCUCAUCGAUUUCGGAAUUUCCCGCAAAUUCAUCCGCCACGUCAAAGGAACUCCAAUAAAUCAACAAAAUGGCUUUGAAUUUCGAACGGAAAAGAAGAAAGUUCACUCACUGGUUGGAACACCAAAGUACACAUCACCCAAAGCUCAUGCUAUGGCCGAUUUGGGAAGAGGUGAUGAUUUGUGGUCCCUCAUGUAUAUGAUUGCUGAGCUCGUGAAACCAUUGCCAUGGGAGAUACUCGAAGCGAAAAUGUUGGAAAACACGAAACUCAAGAGUAAGCUCAAGGAUCAUUUCGGCAUGGAUGGAUUUGGAAAAAUUGAAACCAUGCUCCAUGCCUGCACUUUCAACUCAUUUCCAAACUAUGAAAUGAUAUACCUUGCAUUCAAAGAAGUGUUCAACAAAAGUGGGGUUUCUUGGCUAGAUCCUUAUGAUUGGGAGGGAAAGAACAUGCCGUCUUACAAACGAUGGAGACAGCAUGCCGAAAAACAGCGUCCAUUGUUCGCUUGGGAACAGCCUGACGUCGGCUCUUACUUCCGAAAGGAUCCAUUUACAACGGUUCAAAAUGCAAAUGUAACGGGGAAGACGACGAAAAAGAAGAAGCAUGGGAAGGAAACAACUGAUGAGACGACUGUGGAGACUUGCGAGGAAAUCAACGGAUCUGUCAAGAAGCCACAAAAAGGAACUGAACUCAAGAAAGCAGUGUUUCAUAAAUAAAUUGAUUUGAUGUGAAAU